AUGCCGAUGCCUAAUGGUGGCAGGACUGAAUCCAAGGCCACCACUCUCUGGGCCGUCAACGAGCUGGCCGGUACGCUCCCAAAGUUGCUGCAGGAUAAAAUUCGGUUGUCACGAUACUACACAAGGACGACGGAUAGCAUCACGAUCCAAGCACAGACACAGCGUAGCCGAAGUGCCAAUGCUGCCGACAAUCAGAAGAAGAUGUAUGAAGAGGUGCUGAAAAUGUACGACGAAGCCGUGCCUGGAGAUUCAAGCCCAGAAAAUGCACGAAAAUAUAAACUGGUGUAG